CAGGUAUGAACUUCGAUAGGAUCUCAAAAGGUCGCUCAACCUCUUUUGUACUCCCAUACUUUCAUCUUUCCCUUCGGCAGCCGACGUCUUUCGGCUCUGAUCCGAACGUCUUCGGCUCUCAUGACCCGAAGAAUGCAGCUUUUGCUAUGGGCCCUGCUGGCUCUCCCUGUGGCUGCCAGGGAACUUGCCAGGUCCAUGCAAAAAGUGGUUGCAGCUCUAGAGAACAUGGAGGCCAAGAGCAACGAGGAGAUGCAGGAAGAGAAGAUUGAAUUUGCCAAGUUUGAUGAGUUUUGCAAGCACACCUUGAAUGACAAAGAGCUUGGAAUCAAGAAGACUACAGAGCUUCUGGAGACCAUUGAAGCUGAAAUUUCAAAGCUCGACACUGAGGUUGCCAGGCUGACUGGGGAGAUUGCAGACCACGAGGCGGCUGUGGUGAAUGCCCAGAAUCAGCAGGCCAACGCUACAGAGUUGCGCAAGGCUGAAGCAGAGGAUUUUGCUUCCCGGAGAACAUCUUUGAAAGAGUCCUUGGAGGCAAUUGACAAGGCAAUUGAUCACCUAAAACCCAAGAAAUCGGGAUUUGUGCAGCUGGAUCAGAAGGCAUUUGAACUUGCUCCUGAUGAGUUGGCAGAGAUUUCCAAAGCAUUAUCACUGGCUAGAGCCUUGGACAAGCCAACACCACCUGAACCAGAUGCCUACAACUUCCAAUCUGGGAGAGUCAUAGAAACAUUGGAAGGCCUUCGGGACCAAUUUGUGAAGCAAAGUGCAAAAGCGGAUGCAUCAGAGGCGAAGAAGAAGCACAGCCAUGAAAUGUUGCUGAGCAACCUUGAAAAUGAGAUCAAUCUCCAGGAAAAGGCCAAGGAGCAGAAGUCAAAAUUCAAGAGUUCAGCUGUCAGUCGCAAGGCUGAAGCAGAAGCCCAGAAGUCAGAUUUGUCAAAAGAUUUGGAAGGUGAUCAAAAGUCUCAAAGUGAUCUCUCUGCCGAAUGCAAAGUGAAAGGCAGCGACUUCCAGGAGCGCCAACGACUGCGACGCGGCGAGAUUGCGGCGAUCGGAAAGGCCUUGGAGAUUCUAAGUCCUAAACCCUGGUCGUCCAGCUUGCUGCAAAGUGGACGAAACGGAAGGCGAACCGUCCAGUGGACAGUGCAACGACUGCAAGCGAACGGCGCCGUCUCCUUGGCAUCGCUUCGCUCCGUUGCCGUGGCUCCGCCGGUCGCUGAAGUGAUGCAAUUCUUGGAGCAACGAGCAAGCGAGCUGCACAGUGCGGCCUUACAAAGCCUUCUUGUAAGCUUGCAGGAGCCGAGUGCUGUGGAGCAGAUUGCCCAGGUAGUGAAAACAAAGAUCGAGAAGCUGCAGACUGAUGACCUUGUAGAUCCCAAGCAGAAGCUUUGGUGUGACCAGGAGCUGGCUGAGAAUGGUAAGGCACGUGAAAGCAAGAGUGAUACUCUGCAGAGCUUGAAAGCUGAAAUUGAGCGACUUGAAAGCUCCUUGGUUUCCCUUGCGGAAGAGAAUGAAGCGCUUGCAGCUGAUGUCACCAAGCUCGACACGAACAUCAAAGAGGCCUCAGAGUUUCGCAGGUCUGAGAAGGCCGAAAACCUCAAAAGCCUGACAGAGGCCAGCGAGUCCAAAGAAGCUCUAAAUGCUGCCAUUGAAGUUUUGGAAGAGUUCUAUAGCAAUUUGAGUCUGUUGCAAGUGGCGUCCUUGAAUUCCAAGUCAGCGAAGCCAGAGUUUGAGGCAGGAUCUUACAGUGACGGUGGUCGGAGUAGUGUCAUCAAACUGCUGCAGGAGCUAGAGACAGAUUUCACUCAGGAGGUGUCGAAUCUACAAGCAACCGAGCAGGCUGCAGCAGACGAGUUCAAGCAAUUCUUGUCUGAUGCAACAUCAGACAAAGCCCGAAAGAGUAGCACGCAGCAACACAACACGAUGUCCAUAGCCUCUCAAAAGAGGUUGUUGGAACAACGGAAAAAGGACCUCGAGUCCACGGACCAGCAAUUAAGUGCUGCUUCGCUGUACCAUGAGGAAUUGAACUCCAAGUGCUUAGCCUCAGACACCAAGUUUGCCGAUGCGCGAAAGCACCGGGACGAAGAGAUUGAAUCUUUGCAGCAUGCCUACCACAUUCUGAACGCAUGAGAUGCAACAGUCAUCAAUGACAGACAUGUAGUGUAGCUCAUCUACGGAGCCGAGAAC